AUGGAGAAUCUGUUCUAUUGGGAUGUGGUACUCGGAGAUGAAUCAGUGGAGUGUUUUAUUUGGAUGAUUAGGACAUGGCUGACUUGUAUGCUGGGGAAACAUCCACAAGUUAUUGUUACUGAUCAGUCGAAACACUUGCAUAUAGCAGUUUCUGAGGUUUUUCCGCAGGCUUGUCAUUGUUAUUGUUUAUCUUAUAUCAUGCUUCGCGUUCCUGAGAAAUUGGGUGGACUAAAUGGGUUUGAAGUUAUCAAGAGGCGAUUCAGUAAAGCUGUUUUUGGUUCCCUGACAAUAUCCGAGUUUGAAACUUUCUGGAGGGAGAUGAUUAGUCAGCACAACCUGAGGGAGAAUAAAUGGCUACAAGCAUUGUAUGAAGAUCGUCAAAGUGAGGGCGAGGGAACAACUCCGUUUUUUGAUGGUUAUGUACACAAGCACACAUCCUCGAAGGAGUUCCUUGACAAGUAUGAUAUGGUGCUACAAAGAAAAUAUUUGAAAGAAGCAAUGGGAGAUGUUGAGUCCAGAAAUCUAGCCUCUGAACUGAAAACAGGAUCGAAUUUUGAGCUGCAGCUGUCGAAGCGACAGAAAGCCGAAGCAAAUGAGAAGGACGUCAGACAUUAUGAAGUUCUUUACGAGACAACACAGGUUGAAGUAGGAUGCAUUUGUGGCCUUUUCAAUUUCAAAGGCUAUUUGUGCAGGCAUGCAUUAAGUGUCCUUAGUCACAAUGGUGUAGAAGAAAUACCAUCUCAAUACAUUCUACGGCGUUGGAGUAAAGAUUACAAGCGCAGAUUUCUCUCAGACGGUGCCAUUGGUGAGGACAGUCCUUGGGAGUGGCAUGAACAUCUAUUGAGGCGCUCCCUACAAGUUGUCGAGGAGGGGGCUCAAUCGGAAGAUCAUUAUGAAGUCAUGAUGCAAGAUAUGAAUGGACAGGAAUUAUAUAUGCAAUAG